AUGGUCUUAAAGGGGAUUGUUUACUCCGAACGGUAUACGGUAAGCGUACGAAUUAACAUAUUAGAUGGACAAUACCACGCCGCCGAUGCGGUAGUGCUGAAAUCACUAGAGGAUAGCUGGACUGAUGGGCAGACAAACCAGCCAUCCGUCUGCCUGUUUGUCUGUCCAUCUGAUGGUCGACCUCCUCCCGAACGAAGUGAACGUGAUGGUUACAUAGCCUAG